UCAGAAAGAGACAAACAACAAAAUGAACAAUCCAGCUCUUAAGAGAAUAACAAAUGAAAUUAUCAAAUCACCUGAGGAUAAACGAGAAUACCGUGGCCUGGAAUUGGCAAAUGGCAUUAAAGCUCUUCUCAUUAGUGACCCCACGACAGAUAAGUCUUCAGCAGCACUUGAUGUGCACAUAGGAUCCUUGUCUGAUCCCCCCAACAUUGCUGGGCUUAGUCAUUUUUGUGAGCAUAUGCUGUUCCUGGGAACCAAGAAAUAUCCAAAAGAGAAUGAAUAUAGCCAGUUUCUUAGUGAGCAUGCUGGGAGCUCAAAUGCUUUCACAAGUGGAGAACAUACCAACUAUUACUUCGAUGUGUCACAUGAACAUCUAGAAGGUGCACUAGACAGAUUUGCCCAGUUUUUCCUGUGCCCUUUAUUUGAUGAAAGCUGCAAAGACAGGGAAGUGAAUGCUGUUGAUUCUGAGCACGAAAAGAAUCUGAUGAAUGAUGCCUGGAGGUUGUUUCAAUUGGAGAAGGCUACUGGAAACCCCAAUCAUCCCUUCAGUAAAUUUGGAACAGGGAACAAACUCACACUGGAAACUAGACCAACCAAAGAAGGAAUAGAUGUAAGACAAGAGCUAUUAAAGUUUCAUUCUACUUAUUAUUCAUCAAAUUUAAUGGCUAUUUGUGUCUUAGGAAGAGAAUCCUUGGAUGAGCUGACUCGCUUAGUGGUAAAGUUAUUUUCAGAAGUAGAGAAUAAAAAUGUCCCUAUACCAGAGUUUCCUGAACAUCCUUUCCAAGAAGAACAUCUCCGGCAACUUUACAAAGUGGUACCCAUUAAGGACAUUAGAAAUCUUUAUGUCACAUUUCCUAUACCAGACCUUCAGAAGUACUAUAAAUCAAACCCUGGCCAUUACCUUGGUCACCUGAUCGGGCAUGAAGGCCCGGGGAGUCUUUUAUCAGAGCUUAAAGCCAAAGGAUGGGUAAAUACUCUUGUUGGAGGACAGAAGGAAGGUGCUAGAGGUUUCAUGUUUUUCAUCAUUAAUGUAGACUUGACAGAGGAAGGACUUUUGCACGUUGAAGAUAUUAUUUUACACAUGUUUCAGUAUAUUCAAAAACUACGUACAGAAGGACCUCAAGAAUGGGUUUUCCAAGAGUGCAAGGAUCUAAAUGCUGUGGCUUUCAGAUUUAAAGAUAAAGAACGACCACGAGGCUAUACAUCAAAGCUUGGAGGAAUGUUGCAUUAUUAUCCUAUAGAAGAAGUAUUGGCAGCUGAGUAUUUGCUUGAAGAAUUCAGGCCUGAUUUAAUAGAAAUGGUGCUGGAUAAAUUGAGACCAGAAAAUGUUCGAGUUGCAAUCGUUUCCAAGUCUUUUGAAGGAAAAACUGAUCGAACGGAAGACUGGUAUGGAACACAGUACAAGCAAGAAGCAAUUUCUGAUGACGUUAUUAAGAAAUGGCAAAAUGCUGACUUAAAUGGUAAAUUCAGGCUUCCAAUGAAAAAUGAGUUCAUUCCUACUAACUUUGAGAUUUUGCCAUUGGAAAAAGAUGCGACACAAUACCCUGCCCUUGUCAAGGACACUGCUAUGAGCAAACUGUGGUUCAAGCAAGAUGACAAAUUUUUUUUGCCAAAAGCUUGUCUCAACUUUGAAUUUUUCAGCCCAUUUGCUUACGUGGAUCCCUUGCAUUGUAACAUGGCCUAUUUGUACCUUGAACUACUCAAAGACUCCCUCAACGAGUAUGCAUAUGCAGCAGAACUAGCUGGCUUGAACUAUGAUCUCCAAAAUACCAUCUAUGGGAUGUAUCUUUCCGUAAAAGGUUAUAAUGACAAGCAACAUAUCUUGCUCAAGAAGAUCAUUGAGAAAAUGGCUACUUUUGAGAUUGAUGAAAAACGAUUUGAAAUUAUCAAGGAAGCGUACAUGAGAUCGCUUAACAACUUCAGGGCUGAACAGCCUCACCAACAUGCAAUGUAUUAUCUCCGACUCCUGAUGACAGAAGUUGCUUGGACCAAAGAUGAAUUAAAAGAAGCUCUAGAUGAUGUCACUCUUCCCCGCCUCAAGGCCUUUAUAGCUCAACUGUUGUCACGGUUACACAUUGAAGCUCUUCUCCAUGGCAAUAUAACAAAACAGGCUGCAUUGGGAAUUAUGCAGAUGGUUGAGGACACUCUCAUUGAGCACGCUCAUACAAAGCCACUACUUCCUAGUCAGCUAGUGAGAUAUAGAGAAGUGCAACUUCCUGACAGAGGUUGGUUUGUUUAUCAACAGAGAAAUGAAGUUCAUAACAAUUGUGGAAUUGAAAUAUAUUACCAGACAGACAUGCAGAGCACUUCUGAGAAUAUGUUUUUGGAACUCUUUUGUCAAAUUAUCUCAGAACCAUGCUUCAAUACUCUGCGCACUAAGGAACAAUUAGGUUACAUUGUGUUCAGUGGUCCACGUCGGGCAAAUGGCAUACAAGGACUGAGAUUUAUUAUCCAAUCUGAAAAGCCUCCACACUAUUUAGAAAGCAGAGUUGAAGCAUUCUUAAAAACUAUGGAGAAAUGCAUAGAAGAUAUGACAGAAGAGGCCUUCCAAAAACAUAUCCAAGCUUUAGCAAUUCGUCGUCUAGACAAACCAAAGAAGCUGUCUGCGGAAUGUGCUAAAUACUGGGGAGAAAUCAUUUCCCAGCAGUAUAACUUUGACAGAGAUAAUAUUGAAGUGGCUUAUCUAAAGACCCUGACCAAGGAUGAUAUUAUACAGUUCUACAAGGUGCUGUUGGCAAUAGAUGCUCCCAGAAGACACAAGGUAUCAGUACAUGUCCUUGCAAGGGAAAUGGAUUCCUGCCCUGUUGUUGGAGAAUUUCCAUGCCAAAAUGAUGUGAACCUGGCACCAGCACCACCACUACCACAGCCAAGUGUGAUUGAAAAUAUGACAGAAUUCAAGCGCAGCCUGCCACUUUUUCCACUGGUGAAACCACAUAUCAAUUUCAUGGCUGCAAAACUGUGAAGAACCCCAACGGAUGAAGAAAUGCAAAUGAUCAGUACUGACAUGGUUUCAGGGGACUUCAUGAUGAACAAAAUUAUUAAAGAUCAUUAGGAUAAAUGGUUCUGUCCGUUAUGAAAGUCCUGAAUUACUUCUUGGUUCGUUUGACAGUAGCUGUGUGUUAGGGAUAGAGAGUAUAAAAAUCAGUUGUGGUCAUGUGUCAUUUAUAUUACAGACAACCUGUUGAAAAUGAAAACCAAAAUCAACUGAAACAGUAAUAAUAGUAAAAAACUUGUAGAUGCAGUAUAUUUUUAAAAUAGCAUAUCCCUUCAAAUUUUCAUUUUGAUAAAAUAACCCUCCAGAGCAAACCAGAUUGCUUUGAAAUGUCCUUGUUACUCCUGAAAAACACCAUUUAGUAUCCCAAUAAUUAUCUUAUUUGGGGCUGGAGGGGGUGAGAAAAAUAGGUCCUUUUUGAGAUGGGGUCAACAAUUUUUCUUAAAAAUAGAGACUUCCACAUUUUUUGAAGUGACAUGUUGAAUGAUACUUUUUUUAACUGAUCCUUAAUGCAACCAACAUAUUUUCUAUUUAAGUUUUAUGAAGACCUGUGGGAGAAAAUAAAAGGAAAUUUGACAACACAAUAGUAAGUGAGAGAAUUGUGUUAAUGAGAAUAAUUGAAGAUAUGGGCAUGAUUUUAAUGUUUCUAUACAAAUUUGGGGACAUUUUAUAUUAAAACUAGUAAAAUGCUGGAAACACUUUAAUAGUGCAUCUUAUUUUUGUUAUCAAAAAUGCUGUCCCAGUCUCUUGAUACUGUCAACAUCCUGUUCAGUUUUUCAGUGUUACUGUGAAUUGUUUCCAUUUGGUAUAUAAAAAUACUUUAUUUGGUAUCAUUUUUUGUUUUCAGUUGUGAAUGUACUGAUGGAGAACUCAGUCUGUUUUGCCUCAAAUGAAUGUUAGCUCUCAGUCCAGCAAAGUACUUAGUAGUGCAGAUAAGCACGUGUUAGUUCUUGACUCAAGAACAGGUGAAUGUUAGAUAUGGGCCCCGUGAUGGAUCAGAUACAUCAUGGUUCUGAUGAAUCUGUGUGGGUUCUUGUCCUUCAGGAAGGCUUUUGGGACAGUGCAGUACUGGGUUAGCAGUACUGCUAUAGCAGGGUGUAGGUCAGGUUACAUCACAAAAUGUUUGUUCCUCCUACUUUUAAGAAAGCUGCACAAAACCCAGAAGGAUCAAGCAUUACACUGAAAUACUACUCAUAUAUAUUCCAUUAUUUAGUAAAAUGGUAAAACAAUAUAUGGUGUCUAAUCUUCACCAAGUUUACUGACUUCUACAGAGUGGUCUUGUGCUUGGGACAGCCCCCAAAUAGAAGAAAGUAAGGGAGAAUCUUACUAAGUUCUUCUACCUGUUUGUAAUUAUUCAGACAGGAUAGAGUAUGCAAAGCACUGAAGAUACAAAAUCUGCUCAUCAGGGAUGUUACUGAGUUUGCUGCUUAUUAAAAGAACCUGAAACUAAGGCACUGACAUGACAUGCAUGCUGUUGUACAUCAGAAUCGCGGUGUAUACAAUAGGGCUGUUCUUGUCAUUGAUAAAUGUGCGUUCUGAAGACAACUUAAAUGAAUGCUUGAUAGGGUAAAGGCCUUAAGUUGCGUUCAUCUGUGAGUCUCUUCCAAUUGAAUAAAUACAGUGUAUUUUAAAAGCUUACCAGCACAUGUUUGAACAUCUUUUUAAUAAAUUUGGUGAUAGUUUGUGAUGUAACCUGUUGCCAAGGAAGGCCACUAGCAUUUUUUUUGUAGCCUGAGAAGAAAAAAAAUUAAACAUAGUAUAAGCAAAACCAGUAAAGGUGUGUGUUGAUGAUGUUUUUGCAGGAUCCUUCAAGUAAAAUGGGCUUUUAACCCUUUUGCAUUUUACUUUUGUUUAUAGUUUUCCUUUAGUAAAAGUAUUUGUAUUAUAUAUAUUAAAAGUUUUGACAACAUAUUAUAAAAAUAUAUAUUUUGGGAUUUAGUAUUUAAACAUACCACUCUUACGGUGAAUAAAAUUAAAUAGCUUCUAUUGUGUGUAAAAAUAGAUAGAUAUAUAUAUUAAUGGAAGUACUAUCAACUCUAAUUUUAACAAAUUAUAUAAAAAAAAUUGGAAUAGCAGUGUAUUUAACACAAGCUCACAUAUCAUGUUUUCCAGAGGAAAAAAAUGUAGAAUUUCAAGGUUCUGUGACUGGAUGUGGAAACCCAUGUAGCUUUCCAGCAACUCUUAAUUGCUUUCAAGUGUUCUCCAGCAUUUUACAGUUUCUGAGUUUGAUAUAGCAGUAAAUUUUGAUAAACUCAGGCAUACUAAUGGAUUCAUUUUAGUGGAUCCAAAGCUGCAGUGUCUACAAGCAAUAAAAAAACUACCUAGAAUACACUGUAAUUCAAUUUUAGUGCUUGUUAAUUAGUUUAUGUAAGAAACCAUAAAUUAUUAUUACAUAACUGUAAUUUUUGCAAGUGCUAUUUUAAGCAGUUGAUGUGGAAUUGGGUGCAUGUGACACAGCCAGUAUGACAGAGUGCUAGAGUUAUUCUGUUUACAAUAAACAAUCUGAAUUUAGUGUUUGGAGUUCUUAAUUUGUUUCAUUUUAAUUUUUUGCAUACUGGUAAUGUUACAUCUAUCAGUCUGUGCAUGUUUUUUAUUAUACGUUAAUUGUGAUUUUCUGCUAUUCAGGUGCUUGGAAUAGUUAGGCAUUGCUGGAGAAGUGUUCCCAGUUGCUUCUAGGGAAGUUUCAGAGAACUUUCCCAUGUGGCAUCCCACACCUUUUAGGUAGAUCCACCUCUGUUGCUCUCCAAGUGUAUGAAAAAUUAAUAAUAGAAGUAUUUGCACAAGACGGGAUUUUAAUUAUCAGAUCUGAACUUGUAAAUUCAGAGCAUCACUGCAGCCAGACUGAAUCGUGCCUAGUACAGCUUUACAGUGUUGCUUUUGACAAAUUAGUUUUCUUGGUCAUUUUCUUUUAGUUUAUGCACACCAGAUUACCUUUCAAAAGAUUAGGGGUAAUUGUGAUUGUUAGUACAAACAGUAAAUAAUAUCAGUUCUGAAUUCUGACAGCAUAAAGAUACAAGUCAGCAGGCACUUCACUUCUGCUGUUCUAAUGGGGCUCCUUGAAGUAAUAUCCUGCAGUUAGCAACGUUAAAAGAGGCAGGUUUUGUCGUUGGCAUUGGGAAGAGUGGUUGGCAUUCUCAGUGGAGAAAUAAAAUGCCCACAACUCACCUGGAAAAUUAUUUGUCCACAACAUCAGGGCUCUCUUUCUCCACUCCGAAUCAUUAGGGUUUGGUGUAAAUCUUGUCUCAUUGUCUUUAUUCUCAUUUGCAAAAGAUCAAGCUAUCCAACUUUACUUCAUCUAUUACUGUUGGCCAUAAAAAAUGCUUGAGCUUUUUCAGAACAUUGUUUAAGUGCUUGGAUGUGAACAGACCUUAUUGGUAAUGAGUUCUCCAGUAUAAUCAUUGUGUGGUAAAAGCAUUGCCCAGCUUUGUAACUUCAUUUAUUAUUUUCUAGCUCUUGUUUUAAAACAAGGCCAGCAGAAUUUUAAUCUACUUUCUCUGUAUCAUUUAACUGGUUAGUAUGCUUUUGCUAUAGGUCUGCUGUAAAGUCAAAAAUCAUUAUCUUCUACACCUUUCUUCAUAGAUUUUUUCCAUAUUUUUUCAAUAGCUGACCACUGAACUGAUUUGGUAAUCUACAAUGACACCUGGGUCCUUCUCUUGAGCUGAUACCUAAUUUGAUAUUCAAAUUGAACUCUGAAAUACUUUGUUUUCAAAUCAAUUUUGAAUAUUGUUGCUGCAUGCUGCACAAUACAAGGCACCUCUGUGCUAUUUUAAAGGCAGAAGAAAACAGAAAUUACCUUUCAUGUGUUUUCAAAAGAAGCCUGACCUAUGUAGAUUCUGCUAGAAGGCUUUUAUUUGAAACAGUUCAAUCUGUUUUACCAUUCAAAGAAUAUACUCAUAGUGUGUGCUGUUGGUGGAAUAUAACAUUUAUAGUGUGUGAAAUCUGAAUUGCAAUUUAAAGGGAGAAAGUGUGUAAGACCAACAGCCCAGCAGAAUGGGAAAUGUCGCAAUUAAACCAAUUUAUUUGAACUCAAGCAUCUAAAUAGAAUUUAAGAUUGAAAAUAUUUAUGCUUCUUAAAUUGGUAUUUCUAAGCCACCCCAAGACUGUUAACUAAGAGUGCAGCAUUAAAGGAUGUAGGAACCACACUGCUGAGCAUUUGCUGCUGUUAACUUUUAGGACUCCCUUUUUAGUGAUGCAGUGUAAAAUUCCAGAUGAAAUUUCUUGACUGUGCAAUGGAUGAGGGAAGAUACAUGGCACCAAGGGGACUUCAGUUUACUGUUGCACUGAGCGAGGAAGUGACUAGGCUUAGCCCUUAGGGAAAACCUAGUGAGAGUUUAAAUCCUUCAUCUUUCUGAGGAUUUGCCACCGUCUUACUGUGUGUUAGAUGUGCUUCCUUCUGCUUCAGAUUUCCAUUACAGCUUUUCACUGCCUGCUUGGCUUCCCUUUCAAGAAGGGGAGCAAGGAAUUGUGUUACUUUUCUGGUGACUGCCAAAGAUACAUAAACUUUUUUACUGGAGCAGCAGCUGGAACCCAUGACCCCCUUCCAGCCCUCACCUCCACCGGUACACAGACCUGGGUGUCCCGUAGUACAUGUGGCACAUGCAUGCACAUAUUCUGGUGGUGAAUGCUUACUCUGCAAAACUGGAACAGGCUCAACAGAGGGGAAUGAGGAGGUUCCCAACCUAAAUUACUGACCUCCUGGGAAGCAGGAGAAACAGGCUAGAGAAAUGUCUAAUAGAAGAUGGAAAUGAAGUAGAUUUUUUUUUUUUUUUUUUUAACUUGCACUAACCACUGAGUUGUGGCAUAGAAGAACAUGCUUUUUAUAUGAAGUCUGUUGUGAAGGACAAACUGAUGGGAGUGAUAGAAGAUAACCUGCUUGUGAAUUCCAGGGAGAUGUAGGAGAUCAAUACUGAUACAUUUUACAUGCUUAAGGCUGACUGAUUUAUGUGCACAAAUGGUAUUCUGGGAUAUGAAAUGUAGAAAAUGUGCGUUCAAAUGUUAGUGAAAGCUGAGACUGGGCUUUGAAGAUCUAAGUUUUUGAUGUGAUGAGUUUUAUUGGACAGGGGUCUUAAAAAUUUGCUUAGUGGUGCAUUUCAUAAGGCAAUGUUGGAACCGUUUUAAAACACCAGAAGUGUGUAAACAUUUCACAGCCAUAGUGCUCAAAAAUGGUUCACUUGGUGUUCUUCAAACUUUCCAGCUUGUGUUGGAAUGAAAUAAGUUUAGCAGGACAGGUUUCAGUGCAAAUGAAUAUUUGCGCAUGUAUGUAAAAGACGGGGAAGUUCACAACAGAUUAGUGCCCACGGGGGCUCUGGAGUCAGUAAACUGUCAAAGGGUUCAACGCUUUAUCUUUUUGUUAUUACAGUAACUUUUAGCCUGCUAAUAUUUGUGCAUCCCAAGCCUUCUGCAAUAUGGGGCGGGGGCAAAAAGUGUUUCUUAUGACCACUUACUGCAAUUGAAGUUCUGUGUUUUGAUUGUGAGGUACCAGUAUCAUUCACUGGCACAUACCUGUUAAGGGUGAAGCUUCAGGUAUCUGAAAAUAAAUUAUUCAGAUAAUUACUCUGUUCACAGAUUUGAAUAAUACUCAUUUCCAGAUAAAACUGUAGGAAGAGAAAGUAAUUGUCACAGUUCUGCAGCAUUAAAUGUAUUUUAGGAACACAGGAAUCUGUACGUAUAACUGGUUCUGGCAUUUCCACAAGCUGAUUGUUUAGUUAUGUUACUCUUUGUAUCAUCUUCAAAGGCAGAGAUGUCAACUCUUCAUCUCGCAUUGCGUCAUGUCUCUCUGACCAAGGUGAGGUGACCAGAUACUUCCAUUCGUCACAUCAGCCAAGAGUGUCAUUGAUGUCCCUUUCGCACUGGCAUGCACUGGAUGUGGGCUGCAUGCAUGUUCUAGGUUAUUUUUUCUGUGAUUAGAACUUCUAAUCAUGGUAACCUGUAUCCAUAAAAUUAUACAAAGAUGGUAUCUACAGUAUGUCUAAGCCCGGAGAGCCAGGCUGGACUGCUGCUGAAGCUCAGCAAAGUCAGAGAUUUAAGCAAAUAGAACUGUUUCAGAAAUAAUUUGAAAACAGGUGCUACUCAGCUGCAGCAGGAGACUGAUCUGCUGUUGUAUGCACAGUAUGAUUUCAUUGCUGUGAAUAAUAUAAUAAAUGUACCUUAUGCAGCCUUUUCCUGGAAGUAGGCAUAUUUAAGAGUGGAAUAGCUUGUAGGCAUUGUGUAACUUGAAGAAUGCAUAUACAAAGAAUGCUUGUAGCUUGGAUUUUCCACUUGAAUUUAGAUGUCGGUAAUCAUUAGUUUAAACAUGUUAUGAAUGUGAAAAUACAGAAGAUUGUAUUAAGCUCAGUGUAUACAAAAUAUAAGUGUGAGCUGGGGUGCUUGCCCGUACUAUGAGCCAUUUAAUAAAAGUUAUGUUGAAAUGGAAGAUAAUGCAUAUAAGUCAAAAGCAACAAGUUGCAUGCCAUUUUGCACUUCUUGUCUGAUAAUCAUGUCUAUCUGUCAUGUCGUUGUGUAUAAAUCACAAAUUCCUCUGAAAAGGGGUCGUAUGUUAUGUCUGUAAACUACCAAUGCACAACUGUGGCACUGUAUUGCUAGUAAUAUGUAUUUGGCUUUUGUAAAUGUUGAAUUUAGUAAUUAAGAGUGAAUACAAGACCUUAUUUUCAGGACAACUUAGUGUCAGGACAGUCUUAAGUUUCUUUGAGCUUUGAGAGCAGCAGCAUAAAAGUAGCAGAAACUCUUACUAAUUUUACUAGCUCUACAUUCUCUACCAAACAGACACAAAAAAAGGUAGUUGAGAUAAUUAGUAACUAAAUACUUAAGAUGGCCUGACAACUGGUGUAAAUGUGUUGCCUUGCAGCAUAUUGAUAGCCCUAGAUUAUAAAAUACAUCUAUCUUAACAAUGGUUUUGGUAUAAGCUCUGACUAGUCAUUUAAAAUAAUCUUAAAUACUGUUGGAAUAGUUUUAAUAGCCCUAGAAGUCUUGUAACAUUCAUGUGUGUUCUUUAAUUUGAGAUCCAGAUACAGUGUCUCAGUCUUUAGUAUAGAGUCUUGUAGUUUCAUAGCUUGUUGGACUGAGCUUUAAUUUGGUCACAGAAGAGAUCUUCUGUGACAGAGAUCUGUUAUGAAGAUGCCAGAGGAGCUAGCUGCCUUGCUGUUCCCCAGGAGUCACACCAUGCAAGCAAAAAGAUAAACCCCAAGAUAAUGUAUAUCUACAUUUGUAAAGUAUGUGUUUGCAGUGUAAUUUAUCACUUUUUCUUAAGCUAAAGUAAAUAAUAUACCUUCUCA